AUGCCUGAAUCUCGCUCCAGAAGUACUACUCGCAAGAGUUCUCACUCUUCAGGGCGGCCAAAAACACCAUCCGAAUCUCACUCCCGUUCGAGUAGUAAGUCGAGAAGACCGUUUUCGCUUACAAGAAGAAGAUCGUCUCAAAGACUAGUUCGUACUAUCAGUGUUUACUCAGAUGCUUCAACUGGAGAGGACACCGUUGUAGUAGAUAGCCCUUGGGAUUCACUUAGACCAGGUAGCGCCGCUGAGGAUGAAUCAAUCCUAUCAAGUGCCGAUGGUCAUAGAUCCGAUGCAGGCGAAAAUUUGGGUAUCCAUGCCGCAUCACAGGGAUUGAAUGAACCGAAUGAAGUCAUAGAAGUCCCAUUUGUAAAAACUUUCUUAGACAGCAGUCUUCCACAAGACUACUUCAAGACUGAUGUUCUCAACACAAUUCAGAGUCUGAAAAUACACAAGUGGCAUGUUAAGGGACACAAGGAUGUCUCGCCACUGAACAAAGAUAUUUUAAAAUUGACGAAGAUAACUGGAGCAAUGACCAACGUCAUAUACAAAGUAGAAUACAAAAGACUGCCGUCAUUACUUUUGAGAGUUUUUGGUAAAAAUAACGGUGAAAUCAUUGAUAGAGACUAUGAAUUAGAAGUUUUGGCUAGACUCUCUGUCCGUAAUAUUGGACCUUCUCUCUACGGAUGUUUCCAGAAUGGAAGAUUUGAACAGUUCUUGGAGAAUGCACAAACUCUUGGGAAAGAUGAUAUUAGAGAUUGGAAGACAUCGCAGAGAAUUGCUCGCAGGAUGAAAGAAUUACACACAGGAGUACCAUUGCUAGCUUUUGAAAGGAAAAAUGGACCAGUAAGCUGGGCAAAGAUUGCUAAGUGGAUAGAAACCUUGGAACUUAAUCAUCCAGAAUGGGUUGAUAACAACGAUAAUAUCAAGCGUGUUUUAUUAUGCCAUGAUUGGAAAUCCUUCAAGCAGUUGAUACUGAGAUAUCGUGAUUUUCUUUCCAAAGAGGGCGAAGAAGAUAUUAAUCAAAGCAUGGUUUUUUGUCAUAACGAUGCUCAAUAUGGGAAUCUUCUUUUCACAUCACCCGUGAUCAAAGCAGAUAAGCCAAUUCCCCUUGCUCACAAAAGUUCUUCUUCAACUUCUUUAUUUCCGUCGGAGUCAAAAGUCUCACUUGAUCAAAUUAUUCAUCCGACAAUCCAAGAUCAAAGUCAGGACAAAAAAUUGGUUGUAAUUGAUUUUGAGUACGCUGGUGCGAAUCCUGCCGCUUAUGACUUAGCCAACCAUCUGAGUGAAUGGAUGCAUGACUAUAAUAAUGCAGAACCAUACAAAUGCAAUAAGGAAGCAUUUCCAAACAAGGAGCAUAUGCUAAAUUUUAUCUACUCGUACGUUUCUCACCUUAAAGGGAAUUCAACCGAUUCGAUAGAUGCAGAGGUACGAAAAUACUAUAAUGAAAUUUUAAAAUGGAGACCUACAGUUCAACUUUUCUGGUCAGUGUGGGCAAUUUUGCAAAGUGGCCAAUUGCAAACGGAAUGUCUGGAAAAUCAAGAAACAGAAGGAACAGGGGGAGGAAAAUACCUAAUAAAAUCUGAAACUGAUCCUACAGAAAACUGUGAUUCAGUGAACAUCGAAUCGAUAAUUCAGGGAAUUGAAGGUGUCGAUGUUGAUUCAUUUGAGUAUUUACUUUACUGUAGGGACAAAAUGUCACUAUUCUGGGGCGAUUUGAUCAAACAAGGAAUAGUUAAUGAAGAUGAGUGCAUAGCAUCCGAAGUGGAGUUUAUCGCAAACCAAGGCUUAUGA